AUGGCCGAAACAUCCAAUCUCACCCUGCGCUACGCUACCUUGGACGUCUUCACUCGCACAAGCUUCGCCGGCAACCCAUUGGCCGUCGUCAGCGUCCCACCGGCUCUCCAGCUGAGCCAAGACCAGAAACAAAUUAUCGCGAGGGAGUUCAACUAUUCCGAGACCGUAUUCCUCCACGAACGGCUGGAGCGAGCUGAGAACGCCUGCUGGCCAAUUGAUAUCUUCCUGACAACGGCCGAAGUGCCUUUUGCCGGCCAUCCCACUAUCGGCACUGCCUGCCAUGUGCUUUCUCAGCUCGAGGCAAGGGAUGAUGUCGUCAAAGGCGCCUUUAUCACGAAAGCGGGCCGCAUAGAGCUCGAGUACUCCAGGUCCGAGCAGCUUGCCAAGGCUUCCAUCCCUCACGACGUCCAUGCCCAUCAGAACGCACUGUCGCAGGCUCGGCUGCUUGAAAUGCAGCCCACUCUCGCACCCUACGCCUCGCAGCUGCCAGCUGCGUCCCCGGUCGUCUCCAUUGUCAGGGGCAUGACCUUUGCUCUUGUCCAGUUAGACAGCAUUGAGGCUCUCGGAAGCGCCACCACAGGGUCUUUCAGGGUCGACGUCACGCUAGACAAGGACUGGGACCAGUCGUUCGUGGCGCUCUACUUCUUCGUGUGCUUGCCAGAUUCGGCCGACGGCACGCGGAAUCUAAGGACGCGCAUGGUAGAGGGGUCUCUGGAGGAUCCGGCGACGGGUAGUGCUGCUAGCGGCCUCGCUAGUUACCUUUCGCUGCAAGAAGAUGUCCCUGGUCAAACGCUCAAAUACGCCAUCACCCAGGGAGUGGAGCUGGGCCGAAAGAGCGAUAUAGGGGUAGAGAUCACCUUGGGCCAAGACGAAGGAAUCGAGACGGUCCUACUUUCCGGGAGCGCUGUACAGGUGAUGGAGGGCAGCGUAGCUCUAUGA